AUGACUAGGGCAUCACCAUCACUUAAGAUUGAAGAGGUGACUCAACCAUCACCAACACCAAAGAUGGAAACAAUUACUAGGGCAUCACCAUCACUUAAGAUUGAAGAGGCGACUCAACCAUUACCAUCUCCAAAUAUGGAAAAAAUGACUAGGGCAUCACCAUCACCAAAGAUUCUGAUUGAUGAGGUGACUCAACCAUCACCAUCUCCAAAUAUGGAAAAAAUGACUCAGGCAUCACCAUCACUAAAGGUUGAAGAGGUGAUUCAACCAUCACCAAAUAUGAGAGAAAUGACUAGGGCAUCACCAUCACAAAAGAUUGAAGAGGUGACUCAACCAUCACCAUAA